GGUCAAUACAUGAAGCAUAUAUAUGGAUCUUGAUCACCAUAUUAAAAGCACUCUCCCAUUUCCAUACCUUAUUAAUUCCAAGGAACUAAAGCAACUCACUUUAGCUACUCUUAUAGGAGUAUUUUCUUUUCCACCAAACAAUUCACACACACACAACAAAAGAUAAAGCUGAUGAUGAUCGUGAUAAAACAUCAACACUACCCCAAAAAUUAAACUAGAAGCACUCUCCAUACACACACACUAGCUAGCUAAGCCUAAGCAUGUAUCGAUUCAGCAACUCAGUUAUAGGUUUCUUGAACCUCUUCACCCUCCUGGCCUCGAUCCCGAUAAUCGGGGCGGGGCUGUGGAUGGCGAGGAGUAGCACGACGUGCGAGAGCUUCCUCCAAACACCCCUUUUGGUGGUAGGGUUCAUAGUCCUGAUAAUAUCUCUGGCCGGUUUCAUAGGCGCGUGUUUCCACGUUGCAUGGGCGCUGUGGGUUUACCUGGUCAUCAUGCUGCUGCUCAUCGGCGCGCUCAUGGGGCUCACCAUCUUCGGGUUCGUGGUGACGAGCCCCGGUGGAGGGACCGCGGUGGCCGGGAGGACUUAUAGGGAGUAUCAUUUGGAUAGCUACUCCUCAUGGCUGAAGAAGAGGGUUUUGGACACUCAUUAUUGGAUGACUAUUAGGAGUUGUAUUUUGGGUUCCAAGACUUGUGACAAGAUUGUGUUGUGGACGCCCUUUGAUUAUUUGACCAAAGAUUUGACUCCAAUUCAGUCGGGAUGUUGCAAGCCUCCGACGGCGUGCAACUACGCGGCGACGAUGGUGGCGCAGGAUCCGGACUGCUACCGGUGGAACAAUGCGGCGGCGGUGCUGUGCUAUGAGUGCGAGUCGUGCAAGGCGGGGGUGCUGGAGGACGUGCGGCGGAGCUGGCACAAGCUGUCGGUGCUGAACAUCGUGAUGGUGGUGGUGCUCAUCGGAAUCUACUCCAUCGGCUGCUGCGCCUUCCAGAACGCCAAGCGCGCCCACACCGAUUACCCCUACGGCCAUAACCGCAUGUCCAAAGUCCGCCCUCGCUGGGACUUCCACUGGUGGAGAUGGUUGGAUGACAGGAGGCACCAGCUUUAUUAGCUAAAGACGAAUGCUGGCUAGCUAGCUCCAUUUCUGUAUCAAAUCCAAGUUUUCAAAUUGAGUACUUUAUGUAUCAACACAUGCAUAAAAUAUUCAUUUUCUCUACUAAACAAUUUUUCGCCUACAAUGUACGUAUGUAUAUAUUUAAAUACAUAUUUAUUUAUAUUGCUACGUAGAAA